AUGGAGGUCUUGGAUGUGAUGUACAUCUUCUUGAUCCUCCUGGAAUGCAUCUCCCUGGUCUUCGAACUCACUUGCAUCUUCUUCAGCGUCUUCAUAGUCUUCUGUUCAUUGCGUUACAAGGCGUUUCAUGUGAAUCUACGGAUAAUUAUGGUCGCAUUUUAUUCGGUGACUGGGCUGGUUGGAGCUUCUGAAUUUCUGGCGACAUCAAUGGCUGCGAUUGAUAUCAAUUUUCGCGGUGAGUCAAGUUUUUCUUUCCCAAUAAUGUUACUGGCAAUAGAUGGGCCAAAUUCAGCCUAGGACUCAGAGUGCUCAGAUUUUGAUGUACCGUAAUAUAUAUUUACGCAAAACAAUCAAUUUUUCGUACGACCCUGGCAGAGAUAUGGCCAAAAAGUGUUGUCUCUUGACCGCUCUUCGCGUUCCAUGGACUCUCUCUGUCGCAGCGAUCGUUGAAUAUCUCCGCUGCACCUGAAAAAAAAAACAUUUUUUGUUUGUUCUCUAGAUCCUGUACGGGGGUUUUGUAUUUUAGAAAAGAAGAUGAGGCUGUCGCUGUAAAGCGCUAGCUAAAUCUGUCAGGAAUUGGUAUGUGGUCCAAGGGUAAUGUUUCGAUAAAAAAUCAUCUUUUUCGUUCCGAAACUGGCAAAGAUAUGGCCCAUAAAAGUGUUUUCUCUCUGACCGCUCUCCGUGUUUCGCGUGAUGUCUCGGCCUAAAAAGAUCGUUGAAUAUCUUGGCUGUACAUUUGGAGUACUAAAACUUUGAGUCAUCUGGACAUGACCUUUUCCGGGCCGGGCCGAAAUUCUCUUCUAUCUAAAGCCAAUAAUAUCUAAAAAAAACUGGAAAAAAGAGAAAUUUGAUUUUUCCGCGACACUAUUCACUUUCUCGGCGGCGAUGUGAUUUUCGAUGUGCUCAUUAUUUUCCCGACAGACUGAUAAAACGUCUUUUUUCGACCUCCGUUCACUUAUCUAACUCUAACUUUUUCUCUCCAGAAACGUCAAACAUGUUGGCUUACCUGGACAAACCGCUGUAUCGCACGUUGAUGACCUCCAUUUUCACCGGCUGUACGAUUCAGGUUGUGCUUUUGAAUUGCGCAAUAAUGGAGAGGACUUGCGCCUCGGUCUGGUUGGUGGACUACGAAAGGAAGACGCAUUUGUUCGCAAUGACAGUAACCAUGCUGCUGGUCGCGUUGUUUACUGCCUGGAUCUUCGACAAAAUCUAUAACAUGACAUUGUGUAAGUUUUCGUUUUAUAUGUACCGCAUUACAGUAAAAAAUAGAAGUUUUUGGCUAUAGAAAAAAUGGGGUUGAUGACUAUAAUUUUUCCAUUUUCAGCUGAUCGAAUGCUCACUUAUGGCAUUGUUGUUGCGGCUGUAGUCGCGUCUGGUUUUUUGAUUGUAAGUUUAUAGAAGGAAGGACAAAAAUCAUCAAAAUCUGUACGUCGCACUUGGAGCACUUCACUUGUUAUGUAGUAGUUAAUGUUUUGAAACGGCCCUAAACCAGUUCAAUUUAUAAAACAGUCUGUGUUCCGACUUUUUGGGUCAUCGGUCGAUACGAGGCCUAUGACAGGCAAAAAGCCAAAAAAAGGUGGUAGGAGGUACCUAAGAGGUCUUGCAAAGCCGUUGAAUGUUCGGCGGAGGCUUGGCGGAGACUUGGCGGAGACUUACAAUAUGACCCCUUCGCAAAGUUCGACGCCCGGAUUUUGAUGAAACUUGGCUAAAAAGUUUUCAUUAGGCGUUUUUUUCGAAACACAUGUGCGGGAUUUCUAGCUCGCGCUUUGCAUAGGCAUGGCUCCGGGCCGGGCUUUGCAAAAUUUUCCGGCCCGGGCCGGGCCGACUAAUUUCUCGGCCCGGCUCCGGGCUUCGAUUUUUAGGCCCGGCCCGGCCCGGGCCGGCCCGGUUUUUUUGAAAUCUGAAUUUUGCCCGGAAAAAAGGAAAAAAUAAGCUUUUUCGACAAAAUUUUUCAUUUUUUCGAACACACUGCUGAUAGCAAACGUAAAGUGACCUUAUAUACCAAGGUUUUGCUAAAUUUUCUUUACAUUUUCCGAAAAUUUGCCAUAAUUUUCCUUUCAUUCCCCGCUUUCUUUCUUUCCAACCUAGUACAGGGUGUUUCAAGAAAUUCCGCGGAAAGUCGUCGUCGAUUUCUCGGCGCUCAGCCACGAUAUCCAAAAAAUUUUUUUUGCAGUAGAAAGAAUGUAGUGGGCGGUUUUUUGCCUAAAAAGAUUUUUUUCUACGCUGACGCGGAAUGCAGUGUAUUCGGCGGAGACAUUUGAUAGCUUUUUUGCCAAUCCCACUUAUCUCAAACGCUUUAUUACGAAUUUUGACGGUUCAAAAGAGGAUGAAUCUUGAUGAUCGAAGGAGGAUUUGCAUAUUUCUAUGUUUUUCAAGCAUUCGGCGAAGGUAUGGCGGACGCUUUCCAUAUCGGCGGAGGCCAUAACUCAUCUUCGGACAAAGACACAGAGCUGGGAAAUGGCUCGAAAUGAUUCCUGUGCUCUAGUUAACACCAUCCCUCAUCAUUUCUUAUGAAAAUCAAAUUUUUCUCAGUUUGGCGGAGGAAUCGGCGGAGGCCAUAACACAUCUUUGGUUAAAGAUAAAGAGCUGGGAAAUUGCUCAACAUGAUUCAUGCGCUCCACAGUGGGGUUAGUCAGAGCACAUGAGUCAUUUUGAGCCAUUCCCCAGCUCUGUAUCUUUAUCCGAAGGUGAGUUAUGACCUCCGCCGAUUCCUCCGCCAGACUGAAAAGAAGUGUGGUUUUCAUAAGGAAUGACGAGGGAUGGGGUUGAUCAGAGCACAUGAGUCAUUUUGAGCAAUUCCCCAGCUCUGUGUCUUUGUCCAAAGAUGUGUUAUGGCCUCCGCCGAUUCCUCCGCCAAACUGAGAAAAAAAUUGAUUUUCAUAAGAAAUGAUGAAGAAUGGUGUUAACCAGAGCACAGGAAUCAUUUCGAGCCAUUUCCCAGCUCUGUGUCUUUGUCCGAAGAUGAGUUAUGGCCUCCGCCGAUAUGGAAAGCGUCCGCCAUACCUUCGCCGAAUGCUUGAAAAACAUAGAAAUAUGCAAAUCCUCCUUCGAUCAUCAAGAUUCAUCCUCUUUUGAACCGUCAAAAUUCGUAAUAAAGCGUUUGAGAUAAGUGGGAUUGGCAAAAAAGCUAUCAAAUGUCUCCGCCGAAUACACUGCAUUCCGCGUCGGCGUAGAAAAAAAUGUUUUUAGGCAAAAAACCGCCCACUACAUUCUUUCUACUGCAAAAAAAAUUUUUUGGAUAUCGUGGCUGAGCGCCGAGAAAUCGACGACGACUUUCCGCGGAAUUUCUUGAAACACCCUGUAUAAAAAUUUUCCGGGCCGAACCGGGCCGGGCUUUCCAAACUUUCCAAGCCCGGGCCCGGGCCGGGGUUGGAGAUUUAAGCCCGGGCCGGGCCGGGCUGGCCCGGUUUACAGCCAUGCUUAGCUUUGCAGAGAAACGCGAGAUUUUUUGAUCGAAAUUGGAAAAAAAUGAGACACUUUUUUUACGAAUUUUCGCAUGAAAAGUUUCGUACUUAUUUCUACCAUAGAGAGUAAUCUUUUCACAAAAAAGUGAUUUUUUCCAUGCAAAAUUGGCAAAGAUAAGAGAUAUGGCCAAAAAGUGUUUUUUCUCUCUGACCGUUCUCCGCCUUUUUGUGUUCUCUCGGCCACAAAGAUCGUUGAAUAUCUCCUCUGCGCCUGCAAAGUGAGAGCAAAAACUUUCAAUAAUUUAUAUAUUAUCUUAGCGUUGCUCUUCAAAACACUCCCAUGUUAUCUAUACGGUUAUAUGAGUAUAUAUAAAUAGUAAAAUUUUUAUCUUUUCAGCUCUUUGUUCUGGUCGUUCAUUGGAACAAGGCGAGAUAUCGGGUGUCCUUGGUCAACAGUCGGCGCUACACUUUGAGCGAAAAGUUCCAACUGUCCGAGAACAUUCGGAUGAACGGGAUCAUUUGGCGGAGCAUUUUCUAUGGAGGCAGUGGCGGCUUUACAGCGGCGGUUCAAGUGGUGCUUUGUUAUGUGCUGAAGGAUUCGGAACCGGUAAGUAGACCUCUUUUAGUGUUUUAAAAGAACUGAAAAAUGGAGUCAAACCUCUGUACAACGAAUCGUAAUGGACCAAAAAAUUUGGUUCGUUAAAUCCGUCUGUCGGGAAAAUAAUGAUCAAAAAAUAAUCAAAAAAUAAAUUCGUUUUUGAAGGGAUUUGUCGUACAAAGGUUUAUUUUGGCUGUGAUUGAAACUUCUACCAGUCUGUCGGGAAAAUAAUGUGGAUUUUUCAGAGAGAAAUUCCAAGUCCCGCCAUAGUUACGCACCAAUCUUAAGCGCUGAUGGACAAUUCCAAAGCGCGACGACUCCCCAUUAUUUUCCCGACAAAGUUGAUAUCAGUCUGUCGGGAAAAUAAUGAGCACUAUUUCGCAUUGAAAAUCGCAUCGAAAAAUGAAUUGUUUCGCGGCAAAAUCAAAUUUCUUUUCACUUCAGCGACGCUAUUGACGCAGCGACGUUUUGCUCAUUAUUUUCCCGACAGACUGAUAAAACAGACACUUUUGGAGGUUUCAAGGGUCAAUUCUAGGCCAAAAUGGGUCUCUGUACAACAAAACAUCUUUAUAACGAAUGAAAUUUUUGAAGGGUUUCCGAGGUUUCCGAUUUAUUGUGCAGAUUUGUGGCAGUAAAAUUUAGAAAGUUUAUAUAACCAUUUUUCAAUUUCUCAUUAUUUUCCCGACAGACUGAUAGAGAUGUGAGAUGUUUCGCUCAAUUUUCUCGGGUUCUCUGACGCAAAAAAAGGCGUCAAAAACGUUAGAGAAACAGAGAAAUAUCUCCGCUCUCUCGUCCGAAAAGGAACCCAGUCCUUUUCCGAAAAGCCGCUUUUUGAGUAAGGAAGAGAAAGGAAGCUUUUUUGUAUACUUUUAUACCAAUCCAAGGUAAACUUGAGUUCCGAACCGUCUUUUGAUGUGUUUGGAAACAGGAUUUUUGGAAUAUGUCAUCGGGGUUUUCCGAUGACUGAUAUGGCGCUGUUUUUUUUUCUGAUCAGGUUGAUGAUACUUUGGAUGGCCUUGAUUUGUCGUUGUAUACGUUGGAUGAGGCUAGAAGAUAGCCUAGUUAAUAGAAGUUAUAAUAAGAUUAAUCAGGUGUUUGGAUAGUUUAUCACCUAAAAAUCAUUCAUAUAUAUAAGGUGGAUUCAUAAAUAUCCGGCGGUUUUAUUGGCGCGUUUUUUGUUAGUUAAAAUUUGCGUUUUGUUAAUGUUUUUUUAUAAAAAUAAUCUUUUCUGGUUAGUUAAUAAAAUGGCAGUCGAAACCCAUACUCAUAUUCGCCAUAUUAUGUUCUACCACUUCGAGAAAAGUUGGAAGUCAGCACGGUCAUUCCGCGAUCUCAACGAACUUUUCGGCGAAGGAACAAAAAAAAGACACGAUUUCCCAGUGGAUGAUUCCUCUUCUGUCCCACCACACAUACCACGUAGCCUUCUUACAGUGGACGUCUUUUUGUACUCCUUUGGGCGAAACACCUGCCGAUUUUUUUCCUUCGCCGAAAAGUUCGUUGAGAUCGCGAAAUGAUUGUGCUGACUUCCAACUUUUCUCAAAAUGGUAAAGCAUAAUAUGGCGGAUAGGAGUAUGGGUUUCGACACGCAUUUUAUUAACUAACAAGGGAAGUACUUGAAGUGUGACGCUCAGAUUUUGAUGAAACUUGGCAUAAAUUUAGAAUAAUUUUUUCUAAGAUAUAUGCGAGAAUCCUAGCUCGCGCUUUACAGAAACAACCGAGAUUUUUAGAUCAAAAGUCGGUGAAAAUUUAGGACUUUUUGCCGAAUUUCGGCACGAAAAGUUUCAUGCCUAUUUCAACUGUAAAGGAGAAUGUUUCUACAAAAAAUCAAAUUUUUCCGCACGAAACUGCCAAAGUUAUGGCCAAAAAGCGUUUUUCUCCCUGACCGCUCUCCACGUUUAGCGUGCUCUCUAGGCGGCAAAAAUCGUUCUGUAUCUCGGCGGCGCCCGCAAAGCGCGAGCUAAAACUUUCAGGAAUUGAUAUUUAGUCCAUACUCGACGUGUGUGCAAAAUUUACAGAAAAUCUGAGCGUCGCACUUGGGGUACUUCCCUUGUAAGAUCUGUACUUUUAUCUGGAUAUUAUUGGCUUGACUUCAUGUAAAACACCUCAGAAUAGGUGAUAAGCUAUCCUAAAAUUGUUGCUUCUACUAACCAAGCCUUCUCCUAGCCUCCCCAUGCAUACAAUCGAACCAAACACGACCCUCAUUAAACGUAUUUUACAUAUUUUACUAAAUAUUUCUUUUACCUUUUCAAAAAUUCGUUUCAGCUGCUCGCCGCCACUUUCCGCGUGACCUGUUUGAUCACCUUGAACAUCCUCUUCAUCCCCUCAUUUCUCACCCUGAUCUACCGAAUUCCCCGCUGGAAAAAGGCGUUCAUGGCACUGUAUCGCUACACAUUGAUGUGCCCGCAAGUUUGGAAUAAGGUUGAUGUGAAAAAAGAGGUGAGAAUUGUGAACACCAUAACCGGGAAAAAGCUGAACUUUGCGAUCCAUGAAGAGCGCGACAUCUACUUUGAUCAACUUCAGCGCUCUUGGUCGGCAGGAAUUUGA